CUGCCAUUUUUUUAUUAUUCAGAGAAUUAGCUGUCAGCCGAACGGAGAAAUAUUCUCGAAAAAAUGAGUAAAAUAUUUAAAAUUUCUCCGUUAAUAACGAGUAAUGCCGGUCAAUCGAUACGAAACUAUGCUUUCAAGUCCGAUUUAAAGAUUAAAUGGAUUCGUCCCGAGAAAACUCCCAGCUAUAAGCCGGAAAAAAGUGGCGAUUGCUCUCCAUUCCCAGCUAUCGAUAAAAGUAUGAUUCUACCGGAAUAUCAAAAUUGCAAAGAAUUGGAAACAGCUGACGAACAAGUGAAACGUUUAUUCACUUUAGGAGCAAAUAGAGUACGAAGAACCACAGAUGUUUACGCCACAACGUUGAUCGAUUCGGUGAAACGACAUGACUUGGACAACGGAUCGAUGGAGGUCGUACUGGCCAAACAAACCGCCACCAUUCGCCGAAUGCAGGUGGCUAUGGAAACAGCGCAACGAAAUACGCAAAUGAAAGUUCAACUAAACGAUUUGAUUGCCAAGCGUAAGAAGUAUCUGACGAAAAUGAGAAUCCGCGACUAUAAACGUUUCGAAUGGCUGCUGGAGAAGCUCGACCUAGUUUACAAGGCAUAUCCAUCGUAUUAUCACUGGGUAACACGUCGUGAAUCGCUCACCAAACUGACGCAGAUCCAUUGUGAUAACAUUCGGGACGAACGGUUGGCCGCAUACCGACAGCAACUGGAAAGUCAGCAAGUUGAUUUCUUGCAAAAGAAACUCGAAAAUCUGGAAUUCAUUCGCAAAGAGCAAUUGGAAUUGGCACUGCCGGUCACAGUGACAGCGGAAGAGGUCAAAGAAGUGGCUCUGAAGCUGAAGAAUUUAAAGGAAAAACGAACGGACGGUUAAUGUCGAUGUCGUCGGAUGUCGAUGUCGUCGGCGUAGUUAAAAACAAAGUUUUUUGUCGCAACGGUUAAGGUAAAUAAAAUUUUAUUUUUUACCGAAAUCGGCGCAUCAGUUUUAGCAUUAAUAAAAAAGGAAGAAAAGGCAAAAAAAAAUAAUAAUUAAACAGCUCACCGUUAACGUAAAUUCUUAAUUGUUCAUGUUUCAUUCGAGUACAAAAUUUAUUGCUAGAUCGUACGUGAUUAGCACGGCAAAACGAUCGAAGUUGGUCCUUUGUCGCGUUACUUCUUAGUUUUCCUAUAUGAUUAUUGUCUCUUCACAAUUAUAGUCUUGUUGUCCUUUCGUGGCAAUAAUUGGCAAUCAU